AUCCCAACAUGAAUGAACAACCAACAGAACAGUCCAAGCUUCUGACAGAAAAGCAAGACACCACUCUGAAGAACUCUCAUUCUGAAUAGUAUAAUGCCUGGUGAAACUAACAGUGUCCCAUUGACCCUUCGAGACUCGUUUUUCAAAGAUGACUUUUUCCGCUCAGCCUGGAACGAUUUUGAUCGAGUUCGAGAAGAAAUGACCCGAGAAAGCCGAGAGUUCUGGAGCCGCGUCCGUCUUCACCAGGCGGUGCCCGCUUUGGAUGAUGCUACUCAGCAUGGAUCCUUGAAGAACGCCCAAGACAAGAUUGAAAACAAGUCCUCCACUUGCUCUAGUUCCUCCCAUCAGUUACAGCAGCAACACCAAUCCAGCCGCAGUCAGAGUGAAAAGCAAAUCUCCAAUUCGUCCUCAACGUCAUCUUCUUCAUCAGAUCGAAAGAACAAAGCAUUGGCUCGUCCAGAGGAUUUCUUCAGUGGACCCUCUUUCUUCCCCAAGUGGAUGAUGCCCACCAUGGGAUGCGAUUGGGACGAUUUUGGCUUCUUUGGUUCGCCAAUUAUGAAAGACUUGGAUUUGUUUCAGCACACGGAUCGACAGAUGGUUCGGAUGACCAAUGACGACAAGAAAUUUGAAUUGAGUCUUGACACGCACGAGUUUCAGCCCAACGAGAUUAAAGUCAACGUCACUGGCAACGCCUUGAGUGUUGAGGCGAAGCAUGAAGAGAAGGCAGAUGAUUGCUUCUUGUCGCGGCAAUUCAGUCGGAAGUACACACUUCCCGAGGGUUGUGAGGCUCACAAAGUUCAGUCAAAUUUGUCCGCAGAUGGGGUCCUCGUGAUUACGGCCCCAAAGAAAAUGACAAGGAUGACCCAAGAAGGGCCUAGGGCCAUCCCUGUUACAGUUCAGACAUGAAGAAUUUAAAAAGUUGAACUGAGACCAGAUGGGGUGGGUGCACAUACUAGUAUUAAUUGAUCAUUGGGCAAUUUAUGUGCUAGAAAUACAAAUUUAUGAACCCCUCCCCACUCCA